AAUAUUCAAUUCAGAAAUAAAAUAAUAAAAGUGAAAAAGCCAUUAACAUCAUCAAUACCACCAACAACAAAUAACGUAAAACCAAAUAAUAUCCCACAGAACCAAAACGGCACAACAACAACAUUCCCGGCGACAGAACCGCCGCCGCCACCACCGCCGCCGCCGGAAAGUAAAGUCACGAACGCCGACAUGGGAGCCACUGACCCUGAGGUGGAGGGGAGAGAAUGCGGAGGAAAGAAGUUAGAGAGAGAAAAUGACGAGGGCAAAGAAACAAAGUAUAAGGAUGAAGAAGAACUGAAAGAUGCGGAAAAAGGAGAAGCGGCGGAGAAAGAUGAAAUCAGUCAUCAUCAUCAACAAUUUGUCGCAAGCUUGAACAGAUUGAAUCCGACAAACCCUCUGAGAAUAAUCGUCAAUGGCGGUGGUGGCUCGAGAUUUGCUUCGCCGUCUCCGAGUAUGGCUCCGCCGCUCCACGCUUCGUCGAGGGAGGCGCCGCCGCCUCAGCAGCAGCCGUCUUCGCUUCUUCAUCAGUCUCGUUCUCGCGCUACGCCAACUCCGCAGCAAUCCUUAGCAUCCCUGAAUGCAACAAAGUACACAAACAAGACGUUUCUGUUUCUCUUCAUGCUUCACAAGAUUGCGGCUAUUGCAUUGGUCGGCUUCCUUGUGUACAAAGGAAUUCGAGGUUUGAUUGGAGCCAACGAUCGAAUCAAAAGGAAAGAACGAGCAAUUCUCAAGUAUAUGCUUCCACAAGUUGAAGCAGCUUCUCUUUUGAGCGUCGUACUCUCAAUCAUCUGGCAAAUGUCCUUUCGGAUUUGGCCUAAUUUCAUGAUCCAUUUCAUACUCUGGAGCACAUUUCUGACGUCUCUUUCCUCCGGAAUCCUCUUGCUCUGCUUCGAGAAACCUACCACCGAUGCUGUCGGGGUAUGCCUCAUCGCCUUCUCCAUUGGUAACGGCUUAUAUGCUUGUUGGGCCCAUCGCAGAAUCAAGUUCUGUUCCAAGAUAUUGGUUAAAUCGUUAGAACCCGUCUCCAAGUUCUCGGAUCUGAACAUAUCCACUUACUACAUGCUCGGUGCCGGUUUCCUCUGGAUGUCUCUUUGGAUUUUUGCUGUCAUCGGUGCCUUGAACUUUUACUUACCACCGCCACUGGUAAUCAUAGCUUUGGUUUUGAGCUUGGCUUGGACUACGGAAGUGAUGAGGAAUGUGGUUAACUUAACCGUUAGCCGCAUCAUUGCUCUCUAUUAUCUGAGGGGAAUGCAGUCUAGUACUCAGUUUAGUUUCCAAAGAGCAUUGACCCGUAACCUUGGAAGCGCUUGCUUGGGGUCUCUGUUCGUGCCCACGAUCGAAGCCUUGAGGAUUGUGGCUCGGGGACUGAAUCUACUCAGAGGGGAAGACGAGUUCAUGUUCUGCUGCGCUCACUGCUGUCUGAAAAUCAUGGACUUCAUCUUCGAGCACGGCAAUGGCUGGGCCUUUGUGCAGAUAGCGACGUACGGGAAGGGGUUCGUGAGGGCAUCUCAGGACACAUGGAGGCUGUUCGAGGAACAGGACAUGGUCGCCAUUAUCGACUCGGACAUAACGAGCGCCGUCUGCUUCCUGACGGGUGUCUGUAGCGGCUGCGUUUGCGUCAUCGUCGCUGCCGCUUGGACAUUCAAAGUUCACCAGUCCUUCACUGCCACAAUCUCCCUACUCACCUUCUUCAUCGGAUACCUUAUGACGAGGAUCUCAAUGGCACUGCCGCAUGCCUGCGUAAGUUGCUACUACGUAUGCUAUGCAGAGAAUCCAGAGAGCAGAUUUUUCGACAGGACGAUAAAAGAUCGGCAGAGCUUGAUAAAGAACGGCCGAGUCGUCGUCCCAACGCCUAGAAGUCGCCGUCCCCUGGCCGAUGCAUAACCCAACUCACCUCCUCCUCAACCGUCCUCUGUGGCCAGUGGUAAACCAAUGCGAGUAGGUUAGGUGAUUGGAUUUAUUCUUACGAUUUUUAAUAAAAAUGCUGAAUAAAUUGUGUGUUUAUUGGGGAAAUUAUUGGUAACAAGUGAAGGGUCAUUGUCACAAGGUAGAGAGAGCCAACUCAUGACAUAGACAGAACCCAAUCAAGUGGUUUAGUGGGAAAGGGCAAAAGGAGGUGGAGGGAUAGUGGAGUUCUGUCUUUUUGUCAAAGUCCUUUCAGUUUGCUGUAUAUAUUCUAUUAGUGUUUGGGCAUAUGCUCUCUUUGGACAGUGGUGGCCCUCUAUUAUUUACUAUUAUUACAAUUUUACUUUACUUUAUUUAA